AUGGGCGGGCUGCCGGUCUCCAUUCGCUUCUAUACCGGAUCACGAACCACCGUCAAUGCCAUCCCGUACGGUGUGACGGGCCGCUCACUGGACAUCGAGCAGUCUCUGUCGCUUUAUUUUGAUGCUAAAUCUCUUCAGCCAAUCGACGCACAGCACUGCCUUGAUUGGCGUCCCUGA